UGUACCGCGUGUGACUUCUCUCUCCGGAGUCGAACGCAUCACACGGCCCGCGCCAAUAUAAGAGUUGGCCUGCGCGUUCCUUGCUCACUUUCCCGAGAGCACACGGUCGUGGCAAGAGCUUAGUCUACGGUCACAGAUAUUUCAGUGCGGGAUGAGGGUCCUCUUCGCAGCGCUCCUGGCGGCGGCGGCGCUCGUCGUGGCCGACGAGCACUUCCAGGACGAGCUCCCGCCGGGCGACGGCCGCGACCCGCGCCAGGUCGAGUUCAGCAUCUCCUUCGACGACGACGACGCGGAGUCCGGCCGCGGCUUCGGCGACUCCCCGGAGGCCGACGGCUUCUUUUCAGGUAACCCCCUCCCCCGCCCCCCUGGCCUGGUCAGCCUGGGAGACCUAGACGACCCCCCGCCCUCGGGAGGCUUCGAGCCCGACCCUCCCGUGGGCGGGCCGUCGCCCUUCACAAUCCCCGAACUCUCCGCGCCUUUUGUUGGCCAUUUCGCAGGACUCCCCGGGUUCCCGCCCCCCCGCUCGCCGGCACAGAGCAGCGGGCGCGCAUCCCCUCCGUCGCCGCCUCGGCCGCCCGAGGCCAAGGAGGCGCCCCUCAGAGCAGUCGGGAGCCCCCAAGAGGGACGCCCCAGAGCGCGCCGCCCCAUCCGCCGCCCGCAUCGCUUCCGCCGCCCCUUCGCAGGGGGCGCCCGCCCAUUCCGGCCCCAGCGGGAGUCCGUCGCCGUUAAUUCCCUCGAGGAUGACGUCGGCCCUGCGUUCGUGGGCAGCGGCGUGCCCGUCCGAGGUAAUGUGUACCGCGGCCGAGAAGAUGGGGUCAUGGGGUUCCUGGAGUCCUUCAGAAGGCUCAUCCGGAGAAUAAUCUAA